CCAUCCGUCCCAAUCCUAAAAGCAAAAGCAAACCUCAACCCCCCACCCUUCACCUACGCCCCCGACCUGCACAUCCCCGCGCGCAAAGCCGACCAAUCCUUCGUCGGCUACCUCUGGACCACAGGCCGGUCCUACAUCUCCUUCUACAAAGCGGGCAUAUCCCACGUACGCCAAACGGCGCAACUCGCGAAAAAACUCCGCGCACGCGUGGGCAGCAACCCCGCAACCGAGGUCCUCACCCGCGCAGAAUGGCAGGUCGUACGUCGCAGUAAAAGCGACAUGAUUCGACUCCCGGGGUUCGGACUCCUUGUGCUAGUUCUGGGUGAAUGGCUCCCCCUCGUCGUGCUGUACAUCACGCCCAUCAUCCCCGAGCCGUGCCGCAUACCGCAGCAAGUGCAGCGCGCGCAGGAGAAAGCGCAGCGGCGGCGCAUGGAGCGACUGCGCGAUGUGAGUCGGCGGGGUAUGAGUCUGCAGGCUCAGGAGCGGCGGGUGGCUGGGGCGCAGACGCAGGACUCGCUGUAUGAGCUGCUGCUUAAGUCUGCGCGGUUUGGGUGCCAUUCGCCGGUUUGGGAUACGCUUGGGUUGACGCCGCCGAAGUGGUUGCUGAGGCGCAAUGUGGGCAAGGUGUUGGAGUAUGUGCGCAUGGAUGAUGGGCUGAUUGAGAGGGAUGGGGGGUGGGCGGCGUUGGAGAGGAGGGAGGUGGAGCGCGCGUUGGUGGAGAGGGGGGUUGAUGUGUUGGGGAAGAAGGAGGAGGAUAUGCGGAGGGAGAUUGUCGAGUGG